ACCACUCCAUUAUUAUGCUAUAUAAGCACCUCAUAAUACCUAGCAAACCUCUGCAGCAAGCAGCUAUAGCUAAGCUCUGAGCUCCAUGGCCAUGAAGUGCCUCCUCGUCUUCUUCCUCGUCGCCUUCUUCCCCGGAGCCGCGGUCAGCGCCGGGCUGAAGGUCGGGUUCUACAACGAGACGUGCCCGUCGGCGGAGGCCCUGGUGCAGCAGGCGGUGGCCGCCGCCUUCAAGAACAACAGCGGCGUCGCCGCCGGCCUCAUCCGUCUGCACUUCCAUGACUGCUUUGUCAGAGGCUGCGACGCCUCAGUUUUGAUCAACGGGAGCACCACCGAGAGAAGCGCCGGCCCCAACGCGAGCCUCCGGGGCUUCGAGGUGAUCGACGCCGCCAAGGCCGCCGUCGAGGCCGCGUGCCCGAGCACCGUCUCCUGUGCCGACAUCCUCGCCUUCGCCGCCCGCGACGGCAUCAAGCUCACCGGCAAUGUCGACUACCAGGUCCCCGCCGGCCGCCGCGAUGGCAACGUCUCCAUCGCCCAGGACGCCCUCGACAACCUGCCCCCACCCACCGCCACGGCGAAGGAGCUCACCGACAAGUUCGCCAACAAGUCCCUCACCCUCGAGGACAUGGUCGUCCUCUCCGGCGCCCACACCGUCGGCCGCUCCUUCUGCUCCUCCUUCCUCGACCGCAUCUGGAACAACACCACCGCCAUCGUGGACACGGGGCUGAGCCCGGGGUACGCGGCGCUUCUGAGGGCGCUGUGCCCGUCGAACGCGAACGCGUCGACGCCGAUCACGACGGCGAUCGACGUGAGCACGCCGGCGACGCUGGACAACAACUACUACAAGCUGCUGCCGCUCGACCUGGGGCUCUUCUUCUCCGACAACCAGCUGCGGGUGAACGCGACGAUGAACGCGCUGGUGACACGGUUCGCGGCGAACGAAACGGAGUGGAAGCAGCGUUUCGCCGACGCCAUGGUGAAGAUGGGCAACAUAGAGGUGCUGACUGGGGGAGCCGGCCAGAUCAGGCUCAACUGCAACGUCGUCAACCCUUCGUCGUCGUCCUCGUCGCCGGUGGUCCAGCUGGCCGGCGAGGAGGAGGCCGCCGCCGCCGGCGCCGUCGCGGCGAGCUAGAUGACCAUAUACACGUGUUAGCCGUUGGAUGCGAAUGCUCAAUUCGAUCGCGUCAUUUUGAUCGAUUUCCUUUCCUUUUUGACGUGCACGAACAUCUAAAGUUGCGUGGACUAGUAGUGUAUAUGGUCGUGUCGAUCUUUUCGUAUACGUAACGUACAGUAGUGCAACUGUACACGUACUGUACUGUACAUACAUUUUGCAUAUUGUGCGUGUAAUCUUCGAAUGUUUUAGUCGGUUUUCCAGUGAUGGAUAAUAAUAUAGGAAAUAAUAAGUACGUACACGUAUACGUACCAUUUGUGUUAUUA